UGUAAAUAGAUCUCACCAUAUGUUGCAUUCAAAUCGCCAGCUAGGGCUUUUUACCGCAACGAUUGCAGUUUUUUUGUAUAUAUUUAGCACGGUUCAGACACAGAAGAAAUCAUUCCAAAGUUAAUCAAGAUUUUUACUUCAUCGAAACGCUUUGCUAAGUAUUUCGUGAGCACAACCUGAAGGAUUAUUGUGAGUUUACGACGAAUCGGGAAGAUUUCUGCAUGGCGAUGAGUUUUGGUUCGUGUUUCGGUGCCCGGUCCCGAGCACCCGAAAUGAAAAGACGAAGAAUAGAUAGAAGCAUGAUUGGAGAACCUAUGGAUUUCAAACACACGGGUCACAUCGGCAGCGGAGACAUGGCUUCAGGAUCUGAUCUCGGCUCAAUUCAAUGCCAAAUGCAAUCCAAAGGUGGAUAUCAAGGCAUUAGCGUACCAGUAACGUGCACUCCAGCAGGAAUUCCAGUGGGCGGGCAGAGUUAAUCGCGGAUAUUCUUGUAGAAUACAAUUAGACUGUUUUUGAGGAAUCAAUAAAAUGAAAAGCAAAGAUUAACAGAAGAAGUGGAAUUACAGUGCAAAUAUGAAAAUAAUAGACUUCUAAUUGUAUUCCAAUGGAGAGUAAUUGGAGUGGCACAUGAUUCCAGUUGUAAAUAAUGGACCAAUUCAAGUAGUGUGUUUUUUAUGACAUUAAAGUUAGUUUCAUAAUAUUGUUAUAAAUACUUAAAUCUCCCCUAAACUGGUAGCUGUGUAUCAUAGCUAGCCUAGAUUAGUCAUCAUACAUACAGUUUUUGAUCAAACACUCGGCUUUUUUUAUCUUUUGUUUUUGUCCAAUAAAUAUUUUAAUUGUCUCUGCCAUGUUAUCACUUCACUUCUAUACAACCAGUUUUCAAUGGUCACCUCCUUACAGUAACAAGAGUAUCAGUAUCUUUGCUUGGAUAUAAUUAUCUGCUAUUUUCCUAUGAUUAACAUGCUUCUCAUUGUAUUUAUAUUGUGAAGAAAAUGUUUGUUGAUUUUUGUUUUACCGAGAGGGUUAGAAAAUAAGCUAUCAUCUUUUGUAGUAUCAUACUUGGGAGAACAAUAAUCCCUUGCUGCCUGAUAUUUGAUGUUACUGUAUAUAAAUAGUUAAGAAACUGAAAUUGUGACAUGUCCCUGAAAGUAAUGAAUAAGGAAGAACAUUGAAUUGAAGAAGUUGUUGCAUCAGAAAGCCUUUGAGUCCUGUGCUGAUGAACUAACUAGAAGGCAGCCAAGGAGAUUUGCUGGAGGUGGAUAGAAAUUGAAUAUGAAUUUUGAAAUAGGUAGUAAAAUUACUCUUGUGAAGAA